AUGUGCUCGACGCCCAGCCUGCCGGCGCCCGGGGCCUCGCUGGCCCUGCGGGUGUCCUUCGUGGACGUGCAUCCGGAGGUGAUCCCCGUGCAGCUCUGGGGGCUGGUGGGCGAGCGGCGGGAGGAGUACGUGCGGCUGAGCCUGGAGAUCCAGGAAGCGGCGGCCACGCGCGGCCCAUGGGCGCUGGGCGGCGCCUCGGCCUCGCCCGGCGAGCUGUGCCUGGUGCAGGUGGGGCUCAUGUGGCACCGCUGCCGCGUGGUCAGCCGGCAGGCGCAGGAGAGCCGCGUCUUCCUGCUGGACGAGGGCCGCACCAUCACGGCCGGCGCCGGCUCCCUGGCGCCCGGGCGCGGCGAGUUCUUCCACCUGCCCUCCGAGGUGCUGGGCUGCGUGCUGGCCGGGCUGGUGCCGGCGGGCGGGGGCGAGCCCCAGCACUGGCCGUCCAGCGCGGUGGACUUCCUCAGCAGCCUGCAGGGCAAGGAGGUGCACGGGCGGGUCCUGGAUGUGCUGCUCCUCCAUCGCCUGGUCCUCCUGGAGGUGCCCAGCCUGUUCCAGCAGAUGCAGGAGCUCGGCCUGGCCCGGCAGGUGCCUGACAGCCUUUUCCGCUCGCUGCUCAAGCGCUCCCUCGAGACCACCACGGCUGGCUUGGGCCCCGGGACUCCGGUGCUCCCGCGAGUCCCGCCCAAGCAAGAGCCGCCGAGCCUGGAUUUCUUCUACCCCCAGCUGCAACUAGGCGUGACGGAGCCUGUGGUGGUCACCCAGGUGUGCCACCCGCACCGCAUCCAUUGCCAGCUCCGCAGCCUCUCGCAGGAGAUCCGCCGCCUCUCCGAGAGCAUGGCCCAGGUGUACCGGGCUUCCACCAGGACCAGCGAUGACAGCUUGGCUGGCGCCACCUGGGAGGAGCGGGAGGAGAGCCCAGACAAGCCGGGCUCUCCGUGUGCAUCCUGUGGGUUGGAUGGACAUUGGUACAGGGCGCUCUUGCUGGAGACUUUUCGGCCCCAGCGCUGUGCCCAGGUGCUGCACGUAGACUACGGAAGGAAGGAGCUAGUGAGUUGCAGUAGCCUGCGCUACCUGCUGCCGGAGUAUUUCCGGAUGCCGGUGGUCACCUACCCUUGCGCUUUGUAUGGACUCUGGGACGGUGGGAGAGGCUGGUCUCGGUCACAGGUCGGUGACCUGAAGGCACUGAUACUGGGCCAGGCAGUGAAUGCAAAGAUUGAAUUUUACUGUUCCUUUGAGCAUGUGUAUUACGUCACUCUGUAUGGAGAAGAUGGAAUUAACCUUAAUUGUGUGUUCGGAGUACAGUCCUGUUGCUUGGCUGACCGAUUCCUUCAGAGCCAGGGGAUAGAGGAAGAGGAAGAGGAGGAAGAACCAGACACUGCUCUUCAGUCUCAGUCUCCUGCUGAAGAAGUGUAUGAAGAGAUUUCACUCCCAGCCUUAAGAUCUAUCAGAUUAAAGAUGAACGCCUUCUAUGAUGCCCAGGUAGAGUUUGUCAAAAGUCCUUCUGAGUUUUGGAUUAGGUUGAGGAAACACAAUGGCACUUUCAGCAAGUUGAUGAGGAGAAUGUGCAGUUUCUAUUCCUCUGCCUCUAAGCUGGAUGGUGUCGUUUUGAAACCUGAACCUGAUGACCUUUGUUGUGUCAAAUGGAAAGAAAAUGGCUAUUUCCGAGCAAUAGUCACCCGAUUAGAUGACAGGAGUGUGGAUGUAUUCUUGGUCGACCGAGGCAAUUCGGAAAAUGUGGACUGGUAUGAUGUGAGGAUGCUGCUUCCCCAGUUCAGGCGGCUCCCAAUCCUGGCUCUGCGGUGCACCCUCGCUGACAUUUGGCCUUUGGGGAAAAUUUGGAGCCAGGAGGCAAUUACCUUUUUUAAAAAGACUGUGCUCCACAAGGAAUUAGUUAUCCAUGUCCUCGAUAAGCAGGAUAAUCAAUUUGUUAUUGAGAUUCUUGAUGAAUCAAGAACUGGGGAAGAAAACAUUAGCAAGGUCAUUGCUCAAGCUGGGUAUGCCAAGUAUCAGGAAUUUGACACAAAGGAAAAUGUUCCCCUAAUUCCCCACUCCCACUCACCAGGGAGUGCUUCAAAUCAGUUUACUUCAGAUAAUAACAAAGUUGCUUCUGCCAAGAAGGUAGAAGUAGAACAGAAAGUCAAGAGAGAGAAUAAAACUACAUCUGUUUCAGAAGCUUUGACUGACACAACAGCUGUUACAAAUGUUUCAGCUGGACUAGCUAUGCAGGAAAAAGAAAAAAGAGCAUUGGUGUAUUCUCCUCUUGUACAGAAUUUCUUAGAAGUGAAGCCAGGCUCUAGCAAAGAAGAGUUAGAAGUUGGAAGUACCGUGGAAGUCAGAGUGUCUUAUGUUGAAAGCCCUAGCUGUUUCUGGUGCCAGCUAGCCAAAAAUAUGCCAGGAUUUAGAACUCUGAUGUCUAAUAUUCAGGACUAUUGUAUGCACACAGCUACCCCUUACCAAGGAACGACCCCUGCUUGUCUGGCAAAGCGGACAGUAAAUGAAAAGUGGUCCAGAGCUCUGAUUGUUGGGCCACAAUCAUCAGAGCAUGUCCAGGUAACAUUUGUAGAUUAUGGAGACAAAGAUAAGGUAUCUGUGAAGGAUAUUUAUUCAAUCAGUGAAGAGUUUCUCACAGUAAAGGCUCAGGCUUUUAGGUGCAGUCUUUACAAUUUAAUUCAACCAACUGGUCAGGAUCCCUUGGUUUGGGAUGAGAAGGCAAUAAAAGCUUUUAAUGAAUUUAUAGAUAAUGCAAAGGGAAGCAAUCUACAAUUAAAAUGCACAAUAUUUGCUUUGGCUUCAAUACAUGGUGAAGAAUUGUUUAAUAUUGUGGAUUUGCUAACACCCUUUCAGAGUGUGUGCUAUUUGCUGGUAGAAAAGAGACUUGCACGACCAGUAAAACUGCAGAAGCCUCUGGAGUCCUCUGUUCAGCUACGUUCUUACUACUAUUCUACACAUGACAUGAAAAUUGGAAGUGAAGAAUCAGUGUAUAUAACACACAUUGAUGACCCUUGGACAUUUUAUUGCCAACUGGGAAGAAAUGCACAUAUUUUAGGGCAGUUGUCAUGCAGCAUUGCACAGCUCAGUAAAGUUUUGCUGAAUUUACAAAAUAGUACUUUGAUCCCUGGAAACUUAUGUCUUGCCAAGUAUACUGAUGGCAACUGGUAUAGGGGGACAAUAAUAGAAAAAGAACCAAAUAACAUCUUCUUUGUUGAUUUUGGGAACAUUUAUGUGGUAACAAAUGAUGAUCUGCUUCCAAUCCCUAGUGACGCCUAUGAUGUCUUACUUUUGCCCAUGCAAGCUGUUAAGUGUUCGUUAUCUGAUAUUCCUGAUCAUAUACCAGAAGAAAUCACAGCAUGGUUUAAGGAGACAGUCUUAGAUAAAUCAUUGAAGGCUUUGGUCGUAGCAAAAGAUCCAGAUGGGAGACUGAUUAUAGAACUGUAUGAUGAUAGUGUUCAAAUUAAUGCUAAUAUUAAUGAGAAGUUAGAGCUACUUGGUUACAAAAGUGAGACAAGAAAAAAAGAGGAAAGUAAAGUUCUCCAGUCUACAACUGACAUUCUUGAAAUAAAGAGGGAAAACAUAAAGUUGUCACCCACAAAGUAUUUAAGUAAAUCAGUAGGGAACAAAUUACACAGUAUGGCGGUCUUGGAAGAAUUACACAGCCCUAAGAUCAGAUCAGCAUGUAAAGAACUAAAACUUUUACAGAGUUCAACAAAGGCAGACUUACACUCUCAAUAUAAGGACUCUGUUGAAAAUAAAAAUAAUCAAUUGUUUCCAUUAGCAGUAAAGAAAGAAGGUUUUGCUGAACUGCCUUUGAAAGCCACAAAAUUAGAAGCCACUCUUGCAGAGAGAAAAGUAGGAGACAUACAUAAUACAGAUUUGCCUCUAAAUUUUUCUAAGUUCCCUCAGAAAACUAUAGUUCCCGGCUUUAAAGCAACUGUAUAUGUUUCUCACAUAAAUGAUCUUUCAGACUUUUAUGUUCAACUUACAGAAGAUGAAGCUGAAAUCAAUCAUCUUUCAGAGAGAUUAAACGAUGUUCGAACAAAGCCCGAAUAUUAUACAGGUCCAGCUUUGCAAAAAGGAGAUGUAAUAUGUGCCACUUUUCCAGAUGAUAAUUUGUGGUAUCGUGCUGUGAUCAAGGAACAACAAUCCAAUGACCUUCUCUCUGUCCAAUUUAUAGAUUAUGGCAAUGUUUCCAUAAUUCAUACUAACAAGAUAGGUAAGCUUGACCUUAUAAAUGCACAGUUACCAGGUCUGGCCAUUCACUGUUCCUUACGGGGACUUUGGGCUCCUGAGAUUUUAAACUCGAAGGAAAUAAUGCAUUACUUUUCCAGAAGGACAGAUGAGGCUCAAAUAAGAUGUGAAUUUGUUAAAUUUCAAGAUAGAUGGGAAGUUAUUCUUACAGAUGAACACGGGGUCAUAGCAGAAGAUAUGAUUAACACAUAUGCUUCCAGUGAAACAUCUCAAGUAGGACUUUCUACCCAUAUAAGUCAAGGUUCCAGUUCAAAACCUGCCAACAAAACAGACCUUGACACGUCAGUAUUUCUUCACUGGUAUAACCCAAAGAUGAAGAUGGUCAGAGCUUAUGCCACUGUGAUAGAUGGACCUGAAUAUUUUUGGUGUCAGUUUGCUGAUACUGAGAAACUUCACUAUUUAGAAGCACAAGUACAAACUGCUGGAGAACAAGUAACAGAUUUGAGAAGUCACAUCUCAUGUCCUCGCAUUGGAGAUCCUUGCAUAGUGAGGUAUCGAGAAGAUGGACAUUAUUAUAGGGCACUUAUCACCAACAUUUGUGAAGACUAUCUUGUAUCUGUCAGGCUCGUGGACUUUGGAAAUGUUGAAGACUGUGUGGACCCAAAAGCACUCUGGAACAUUCCUCCUGGACUUUUGGUUGUUCCUAUGCAAGCCUUCCCAUGUUGCCUCUCAGGAUUUAAUAUUUCAGAAGGUGCAUGCCCACAAGAGGGAAAUGACUAUUUUUAUGAAAUAGUAACUGAAGAUGUGUUGGAGAUAACAAUACUGGAGGUCAAACGGGAUGUUUGUGACAUCCCUUUAGCAAUUGUUGACUUAAAAAGCAAAGGUGAAAGUAUUAAUGAGAAAAUGAAGAAAUAUUCUAAGAUGGCUAACAGUGGUCUGCUCUAUGAAAAAAGCCCCACGCUAAUGGGGUCCCCCAGUCAUGAUGUUGGACUUAAGAAACCAAUUACUAAAGCUGGACAUGAGAAAACACUCUAUGUAGAACCAGAGACAGAUGAGCUCUCUGAAAGAAUUAGAAAGGAUUUAAACAUGAUUGAAACUAAACUAAGUAAAUUGUAUGACCCUGAUGCUGAUAACAUUUUUGAAGUUUUUGAAAAUCCGUGCAUGGAUAAAAUUGGUACUCAGGUACUGGAAGGUAAAAUGGAAUGCCAGUUGGUUGAUAACACAAAGUUUGACGAUGAAAACCUACUUACAGGAUUUAACACACGAUUGCCGCACAUGAGUGAAACAAAGGAGAUAUUAGAACUUAAUUCACUUGAGCUGCCACUUUCUCCUGAUGAUGAAUCAAAAGAAUUCUUGGAACUAGAAUCCAUUGAGUUACAGCAUUCUCUAGUCGGUGAUGAAGAGAAACAAGAGUUAAGUCUGGUGCCACCUCCUCAAGACUGUGACACAGAAGCAGCACUGCGGCCAUUUACAGUGCCGCUUCCACUCAGUUGUGAAGCAGAGAAACAGCCGCAACUCGAAUUACCUACAGCCCCGCUGUGUCUAGAAGACAAAGUAAGCUGUCUUUCUUUACAAGUUAAUCAGAAAGACCAGGAAUCCAUGGGAACUGAGGACCCAAGGAAGGCUAGUUGUGUGGAGUGUUUUGAUGACCAGCAUAGGUUACCAUUGCAUCUACACGGAAAGAAUUGUGAUACCAAAAUGCAUGUUGAAAUGAAUAUAUAUAAACAAGUAUUGACAGAUUAUAAACCCAGAGAUGUCAUGUCAUCAUUGACUUCAUUGUUCCCUGAAGAAGAAUCCAGAGAGGGGAGGAAAACGGAUAAUGCUUUACCAGAUCGUGUCUCAGUGACAGCUCAACCAGAGAACAUCUACAUCUUGAAGGGAUUUACUGUUGGAUCCAAAUGUGUUGUGUGGUCAAGUCUAAGAAAUACAUGGUCUAAAUGUGAGAUUUUGGAAAUUGCUGAAGAAGGCACAAGGGUUUUGAACCUUUCGGAUGGUAUGGAGGAGAUAGUGAAACCUGAGAAUGUCUGGAAUGGCAUACCCAAAUUAGAUAAGAGUCCAUCUGAGGCUAUAUUCCAAACAAUGGAGAAAGAUCUUUACUUCAUGUCAUCAGAUGAUACUGCAAUUAAAGAAAAGGAGUCUGAAGUUGAUACAGCUAUACCCGUGGAUCCAGAGGUGACCAGUCAGUUGGGAGCUGCUCUUAAGCAAGUAGCAUCUUACCCAGACCAAGAGAGUGAGAAAAUUGAGAACAUAUAACCUCAAGAAGUUAUGAAUUUUGAAAAAUUUGAUGUGUCAAAACCCAAAUCUCAGUUUGAUGAUGCAGUGUCUUUAUAGUAGCAUUGCUACAUAGGCUUGAAUCUGGCAUCUUUCCCUGGCUUUAUUAAAUGUGUUAUUUUUCUAAUCAGUUGGGAGGAUUUAUUUUGCUAAACAAUCUGCUACCAUUACAUUUCAAAAAAAGCUAUUUUGGUUUCUUUUGGAUAUAGUGUUUUUAAGUUAAAAUAGAAAAUUAUAGGCUUAGGGUAAGUAUAUCAUAUGAUGCUACUUGUAGCAAUAACUUCUGCAGGAUUUUUUUUUCUUUCUGUGGCUUUGCCUUAUGUAUGUAGUUAACCAUUUGACGAAAUGUUCUGUUUGAAUUUGAAUGUAUUCUACUAUGACAACAUUUGAAUAAAAGUUUGUCUUGAAAGGCAUGGUGAUCCAAUUUCAUUAAAAAGA